AUGUCAAGUGAAGAAGUGAGAAGAACCGUUGCUGAGUCUUGGGCACGUCGAUUCGAUAAGAAGAGAGAAGCAGAGGAUGAACCACCAAAAGAAGCUGUUGGAGUUGAAGUAUCAAAAUCAAACAUAGAAUCUGAAAGAGAAUUACCAAUACCCAAAAGACAAAAGAAAGCCAUUGAACCUAAGGAAGAAGUUAUUGAGAUCCUAUCAGACGAAGAAGAAUUAUCACCAACUGAUAAUAGCUCAUCAGAAGAACCAAUUGAAAUCAUAUCGGAUGUUGAAGAAGUUGUUGUACCUGAUAAACCUAUAAGGAAUGAACAAAUCAGGACAUCUAAAACUAUUCAAUCACCUCAAAAGAAGAAGAAACAAAUCUCACCUCCAUUUUUACCAAUUCAUAAUCCAUUAUAUGACAAUCCAAAACUACCAAACUCAGUUAUUAUUUCAGACGUUUUAUCAUCACCAAAUCUUAGAUCUUGUUAUCUUUUCAGUUAUCAACAUGAUUUAGAAUUCAUAUUACCACAAUUUCAUUCAAAUAACAUUGAUUUGACAAUUGUUUAUCAAACUGGUACAGUUUUAGAUUCUCCUAAACGUGCAUUAUUCAGAAAUGUUCAAUUUAUUGAAGUUGCCAUGCCGCCAUAUUCUUCACAUCACCCAAAAUUGAUUAUAAAUGUUUAUAAUGAUGAUACUGUACAACUUUUUUUGGUUUCUUGUAAUAUGACGUUUAUGGAAUGGAGUACAAAUAAUCAAAUGAUAUGGCAAAGUCCUAGAUUACAUAAAGACUUAAAUUCAAAAGAUACAGUUUUCAAAACUCAUCUAUUCAACUAUAUUAAAAAUUAUCAAAAACCUCAAUUAGAUACAUUGGUUGUAUUGUUGAAGAAAUAUGAUUUCAAUAGUAUAAUUGGUGAUUUUGUUUCAUCUGCAACUUCAACUAGUGAUAAGUUUGGAUUUUGGGGUCUUUAUAAUUCAUUAUUAUCUAAAGGUUUGAUACCCAGAAAACAUGAAAAGGAAAGACAGCUAUUAUAUCAAACCUCUUCUAUUGCUUCAGCUAUAAGGCAUACACCUACAAUAAAUCAAUCAGCAAAUAUAUUCACACAUUUGUUAUUACCUUUAUUUUCAGGGAAAUAUACAAAUCAUGGAAGACUUUCAAUUUCAAGAGAUUUCCCAUUAUCAAAUGGAUUUAUAUCCGUUGAACAAUUUUCAAAAGAAUAUAAGGUCAAACCAUACAUCAUUUAUCCUUCAUUAUCGGAUGUUAGAAACUCAUUAUUUGGUUAUGGAUCAGGAGGCUGGUCACAUUUCAAUCCUCAUUCAAAAUGGAAUAAACCAAUGAAUGAUUUUUUAACACCAAAAGUUUUCCAUCAUAGUUAUUCUCAACAAAGGAAAACAAAUCCAAGUCAUACAAAAUUUUUAAUAAUGUCAUCUGAUAAUUUUAAAACUUUAGAUUGGGUUUUCUUUACAAGUACAAACAUGUCAAAACAAGCAUGGGGAACACCACCUACAAAGAAAGAUCUUUUAUCCUUGCCGCCGAAAUCAAAUGUAUCAAAUUAUGAAACUGGUAUCUUAUUAUGUCCAUCAGAUUAUGGCUCUGGUAUAAAAUUUAUCCCAUUAGAAUUUGGUCAAGAGAAGAAUCUUGAAGAAAAUGAAGUUCCUAUAUAUUUACCAUUUAGAUUACCACCUGAAAAAUAUUCAAAUCAAGAUGAACCAUGGUGUGUUAGUAAAUCUCAUGAUUUACCUGAUAUACUUGGGAACUUACAUGUUGUUAAUAAUUAA